GAGGCAGGACGCAAGAUGGCGGACUGGCAGCUGCCGAGCCGCGCCUUCGUGCGCGAGUUCCUGCAGCUGUACCGCUCGCUGCCGGCGCUGUGGCAGGUGAGCUGCCGCGACUACAAGGACCGUGCGGCCAAGACGCUGGCCUACGACGCCAUGGUUGCCAAGCUGCGCGAGAUGGUGCCCGGCGCGACGGCGGACUGCGUGCGGCGACGCAUCAACAUCCUGCGCACCAACUUCCGCAAAGAGAUGAAGAAGUGCGUGGAGGCGGAGAAGCGGGGAGGGCGCUACACGCCCCGGCUGUGGUACUACGGCGACCUGCUCUUCCUCAGAGACCAGGGCGCUCUACGAGACUUGCACGAGGGGAAGGCUGACACUCAUCCACAGGUGCGCUGCGUGGACCAGGCGGAGCUGGGGCUGCCCGCGCCGCAGUACAGGCUGUCGCCGGUGGACGUGAAGAGCGAGGCAGUGCUGGCGGAGGAGCUGGAGCCCCUGGCCUCGCCCCGGGCCCCGGAGGUCGACGCUGACGAGGAGCAGGACGAGGAACAGGACGAGGAGGCGCUGGCGCGCCACGUGGCCGCCAAGCUGCGGCGCCUGGACCCGCUGCAGAGGAUCUUCGCCGAGAAGCUCAUGCACGAGGUGCUGUUCGAGGCGCAGCUGGGGACCUUGACGCGCGCUGCCAGGGUGGUCGUGGAGCCCCCGCCAUGAGGCUCGCCGGCCCGCUGCUUCUUUGGGUCAAGUCUUAGUUCAGGGGAGAGUAGAAACAAGGAAGACUCCAUCUUGGUUUCGACAUUUUAAACAAUAACAUUUAUAUAUUUUUACUAAAGUAAAAAUUCCUACAUAGCUGAUUAAGACCACAUAUUUUCUAAUGAUAUUGAACAAUAUCAAUUUAAUGGUACUAUUAUAUGUGUAUUCAACCUUAAAAAAUAAAUUAUAUACCUAACACCAAUGCCUUCACAGGGGAAACUAUUCGUCGUAAAUAUGCAUGUUAUUUUAAGACACUUAAUAAUAAAAUGUACUAUGAUUUAACAAAGCCAGAUAUUUUUAUUGUAUUUCACUUUAAAAAUAACUAUGGCUUACAAACUGUUGAAUCCAAGAUGGAUAUUCCGGUUUAUAUUUCUCACCCUAGAUGCAACUUACAAGAUCACAGAAUAUCUUUAUACACUUAAAAGUUUUUAGAAGUAAUGUAAAUAGUUUUUGUAUAUUCAAAAGACUUUUGAGUGAGUUAAUUAUGUUUGUGGACAACUUAAUUCCUACAAUUAAAUACCCUAGUUAUAAUCUUAGUAACGAGUAUUAGAAAUAUGUCUUUGUUUGUGAGAUUUUGUUUGUAUAAAAUAAAUGUGGUUUUAUUUUACAUUUAAGAAAAAAAUAUGUGUUAUAAAAAAACGGUAUUUUUCUUAAAUAAACAUAUUUAUUUUUCCCGGAUACAAGAUAAUAGUACAAUAAGGGAUAAAUAAUACAAUUUACAAAAUAUGGUUGUCAACAUUUAAAUUUACAUAUAUAAUUAAAUUUUCAAUGAAUAAAGUGAUUCAUAAACAA